AUGAAUCACGAUCCGUUCAGCUGGGGAAGACCUAGUAACGACGUCUACGGACAAUAUAACCAUCAAAUAGCCAAUGCAACAAUCAGUAAUGAUGCUGAUAGUUGUAACUUGACGAAUUUUCCAAAAAUGAAUACUCAACAACCCAUAAUCACUGGUACAUCAGUGGUGUCGUUAAAAUUCAAGGAUGGAAUAAUCAUGGCCGCAGAUAACUUAGGUUCGUACGGUUCGUUACUCAGAUUCACUAAUAUGGAAAGAUUGCUUAGAGUAGGAAAAGAAACAAUUGUUGGUGUUUCUGGAGAUAUUUCGGAUAUGCAACAACUUGAGAGAUUGUUAGAGGAAUUAGAGACUACAGAAGAGGUUUAUGACAACGAUGGAGGACACAAUUUGAGAGCACCACAUGUCCACGAGUACUUAUCGAAAGUUUUAUAUAAUAGGAGAUCGAAAAUGAACCCAUUGUGGAACGCGCUUGUUGUUGGAGGGUUUAAUGAUGAUGGUACUCCAUUUUUAAGAUACGUUGAUUUGUUGGGAGUUACCUACGGUUCAUCUGCUAUAUCCACUGGGUUUGGAUCGCAUUUAGCUGUCCCAUUGUUAAGACAGUUGGUUCCAAAGGAUCCUGAUUAUGAAAAUGUCACCGAAGAACAAGCCAGAGAUGCCAUAUUGAAUUGUAUGAGGGUUUUGUUCUAUAGAGAUGCUAGAUCGUUAGAUAAAUUUUCAUUAGUUACCAUAAAGAAGGGAGAGGAAUUGAAGUUCGAGAAGAACUUGAAAUGUGAGAACCAAAGCUGGAAGUUUGCUCAAGAUAUCAGAGGUUAUGGUAGCGCUCAACUUUAA